GUCUGGUCCUACAGCUCACUGCACACCAGACAGUGUGACGUGCCUCCAUGUGCGUUAUUCGUAGCGUGAUUCAUUUAUUAGGAAAACUGUCCGUAUGUCUAGAAUAUUGCACGACUACAUUGUCUCCGGUUUCUGUAAGAUAAAAGACUGACCUUAUCUUGUUUACAGAGAUAACUGAACACACUGCUGAGUGGAAAGAGAGACUCAUGAGUUGGCCUGGUGGGUUUCGGAGACGUUAUGGAUCUGACUAAAAUGGGUAUGAUACAGCUCCAGAACCCCAACCACCCCACGGCGCUCCUGCACAAGGCCAACCAGAUGCGCCUGGCAGGCACUCUGUGUGAUGUGGUCAUCAUGGUGGACAGCCAGGAGUUCCAUGCUCACCGGACGGUGUUGGCCUGCACCAGCAAGAUGUUUGAGAUCCUCUUCCACCGCAGCAGCCAGCAUUACACCCUCGAUUUUCUCUCACCAAAGACCUUCCAGCAGAUCCUUGAGUAUGCCUACACUGCCACACUCCAAGCCAAGGUGGAAGACCUGGACGACCUGCUGUAUGCUGCCGAGAUCCUCGAGAUUGAGUACCUGGAGGAGCAGUGCCUGAAGAUCCUGGAGACCAUCCAGUCUUCGGAUGAGAACGACGCCGAGGUGGGCAUGAACGAUGGCAGCCUGGAUGAGGACGAGGAACGCAAGGGUCGGCACAGCAGGGGUGCCAAGAAGCAUUCUGCAGAGGAAGGCAGCUACGCGUCGGCCACCCAGCAGGCGUUGGUCCUGUCCGGCAUGGUGGAGCAGAGCCCCUCCGUCUCUGCUUCUUUCAGCUUGUCCACGAUGAGCCCAACCAAGGCCGCCGUCGACAGCCUGAUGAGCAUUGGCCAGUCCCUCCUGCAGAGUGGCGUGCCCCACGGUGUGGGCGGGACCGAGCAGCCCCUGCAGAGCAACACCCACCCGGUGCUGUCUGAAGUCAAGACGGAGAUGAUGCAGGUGGAUGAGGGUGGCGGGCCCGAGAGCCCUCAUGCUGCGGAGUCUGGCAGCCUAGGCAAUGGCGCCGAGGCGGACAGGGGCCGCGAUGGGCCUGGCACGCCCACCAGGAGCAGCGUGAUCACCAGCGCGCGUGAACUGCACUACGGGCGCGAGGACGGCGGCGGGGCCGAGCCGCAGGCCGACAUCAGCCAGAUGGGGCUGGAAGGUGGGGCCAGCAUGACGGAGAAGCACCUGGCUUCGCUCUACAGCCUGCCGCCCAAUCACAAGAGUGAGCCCAUGCUGGCCAUGCCCGCAUCAAUGGCGCCAUCGCUGCACGUGGCUCCGGCCCUCGCCAUGUCCAUGGACUUUGGCACCUAUGGCAGCCUGCUGCCGCAGACCUUCAUCCAGAGGGAGUUCUUCAGCAAGCUGGGUGAGCUGGCGGCCGGCAUGAAGCCUGACGGCCGUGGCAGCCAGUGCGAGCGCUGCAAUGUCUGCGCCGCCGAGCUCCCUGACAACGAGGCAGUGGAGCAGCACAGGAAGCUGCACAGCGGAAUGAAGACCUACGGCUGUGAGCUGUGCGGCAAGCGCUUCCUAGACAGCCUGCGUCUGAGGAUGCACUUGCUCUCCCACUCAGCUGGGGAGAAGGCCAUCGUGUGUGACCAGUGCGGCGCCCAGUUCCAGAAGGAAGACGAUCUGGAAGCGCACAGACAGAUCCACACCGGAUCAGACAUGGCUAUCUUCUGUCUCUUGUGCGGGAAGCGCUUCCAGACGCAGACGGCACUGCAACAGCACAUGGAGGUCCACGCCGGUGUUCGCAGCUACAUCUGCAGCGAGUGCAACCGCACGUUCCCCAGCCACACGGCGCUCAAACGCCACCUCCGCUCCCACACAGGUGACCACCCGUUCGAAUGCGAGUUCUGCGGGAGCUGCUUCCGGGACGAGAGUACACUGAAGGGCCACAAGCGCAUCCACACUGGGGAGAAGCCCUAUGAGUGCAACGGCUGUGGCAAGAAGUUCAGCCUCAAGCACCAGCUGGAGACCCACUACCGUGUGCACACAGGUGAGAAGCCGUUCGAGUGUAAGCUGUGCCACCAGCGCUCGCGGGACUACUCGGCCAUGAUCAAGCACCUGCGCACGCACAACGGCGCCUCGCCCUACCAGUGCACCAUCUGCCUCGAGUACUGCCCCAGCCUGUCGGCCAUGCAGAAGCACAUGAAGGGCCACAAGCCCGAGGACAUCCCCCCAGACUGGAGGAUAGAGAAGACCUACCUGUAUCUGUGCUAUGUUUGAAGUGGGGUGCAGGGGGAUGCACGUCCACCAGGAGGGUGGGGCAAGGGGCAGGGUUGGGGCGGGGAGGCCCACUGGGCCAGCGGCCGGAAGCGUGGUUAGGCAGUCAGUUUGGAAUGCAGGAGGAUGUAGUUGGAGGAAGCGAACAGUGGGGGAAGGGGGGUUGGGCACAUUUUUGUCGGAGGGGGCUGGGCAAAGCAACGUGGGAGAGGAUGUGACAUAGAGAGACAGGAAUACAAGGACACAGAAAAAAAUUCUUACCCGUUUAGUAUGGCUUCGUCAUUGGUGAGUCCCCGUUGUGGUGUUGCGUUCUGUUGUGUUGUAAUGGCACCUUGUGGAGUACUCAUCUGCUCACGGGAAGCAGCAUCUCAAACAGGAAGUCUGCUCUACACACUGAGGUCAUGCAGUACUGCUCAUCUUCAUGCCAGACACACACACAAAAACACGCACACAUGGAGUUUAGGAUUCUCCCACUGUCUCAUGGAGGGCUCUUAAAAAUGAUGUCCUCUCCUGUUUCCUCUUAGUAUAAUACUGUUUCACUCUUUAAACUUGAAGUGGGAUACUACCCCUUUUCCUCGUUAAUAACUGUUCACCUCCUUGAACUUAGAUGUGACAUACCAGGGGUUGGUGUAACAAGCACUUACAUCUGCCAGUAAGAUACUUUUGAAUACUUUUUGAGUAAGAUGCAUCUGAAUUGCAAUACAGGUGGUCAUGUGUGUUGGUUCUGCUUUUGGGGAACUGAGACAAAAGCUUCAAAGAGAGCAUCUUUAUUGAUGUACCAUAGACACUCAGUGGGUAGAGUCUUCCUGAAUAAUUUACAUUCAUUAAGGGUUUAUUGGUUUAACCAGCAUACAGAUCAGCUAAGCUCUCAAUGUUCCAUUCAUAAAUGUGAUUUCAGUUUCUCUACAUAAUCUCUACUUCUGCAGCAUAGCUGUCAACAGCUUCAUUGCGCAUAUUACAAAUCCACGUUACGACAACAGUUUCUGUUUGAUGUUUCUUCUCUGACAUUGCUGAGUGCCACGUCUCGCCAUUCUUCUGCCCUCAUUGGAUUUCCAUUGCAGCACACACUGUACGUUUCUAUGGAAUAAUAACUUGACACUUUGGGUUCUUUUCUUGCUUGUUCUCACAUUUAUUUCAUUAUUUCAUUUUUAUUAAGUACUUGCCCGGUAAAGAAAUCAGACUAACACAACGUCAUCAUUGCCAUUAAGUUCUGAAAUGAAAUUCGGCAGUACACUGCGCAUGUCCAUUACCUACUAGAAAUCUAAUCAACUGUUUAUGCUGUUCUGAUAUAGAGACCAAAAUAAUGACUAAAGCUGCUUUUGCCAGUGACCUGGACACUAAAGCGCACUGUGACAUACCGGACUAGUCCCCGCAUAUCUGAACAGUUAGUGAAGAAGAGUUUCACCUGUGCUAUGAGGUCUGGUCUGUCCAGCCUGGAGGGCUGCCAUAACAGAACAGAUCAGCUCUUCAUAUGGGUUUGGUCCUUUGCUUUGUCUGUGUCUCCUAUUUUACCUUGAUUUAUCUCAGCACAUUGUACUUGAAUUACCUCGUUUUUUGUGACCUCAUGUGCUUGCGUUUUUAAUUUUUCCUUUGUUUCGUUUGUCGUCUCUUCUCUUUUUUUUGUAUAUUUGAUUGUGAACGCAUGUGUCUGCCUGCUAUGUUUCACGGAGGAGAUGUGAAAUAUGAUAUGUACUCAGAAGUGCCACGAUGAAGAGAGAUUAUUGCAUCUUUGUUACCAAAAUUGGUAUUUUUUUUUAAAAAAAAAUUUAUUAACCCUACUUGUUUAAGAGCUUGUGGGUGUGGUCAUUUUUUUGUAAGCUACCUCUAAGUUUUGUUUUAUUUCUUGUUUUAUUUUCAUUUGCAAAAGCACAUUUUUGUGUUAAAGUUUUGCAUUAUUGCAACGUUUCAUCUCAUGCUUUCAAGCAUUAUCUGUUGAGAUUUGUAAGUAACAUAUAAAGGAUAAAAUUUGAUAGUGAUAAUUAAACAGAAAAGACAAGCAAUUAUUUUCUCAUACAGUCCCCCCCCCUCACCCCCCAACCUUUUAGUUAAGAGCAGAGAAGAGAUUUAGAAGCCUUAAGUUUGGGGAAAGCAUUGAUAUGGGAGGUAUGUAUGGAAUUGAUGGAGUGUAGUACUUUAAAGUAAAAAAAAAAAAAGUUAAACUUGAAAAUAUGUGAAUAGAAUUGUAGUUUUGUAAUGUGAAAAAAAAAAAAAAAAAAAAGAUGGUUCACUAAGCCUGAACCGUGAAGAACAGGUCAUAUGCAGAGGUGCAUUGUGCGUUGGACAAUUGGGGCUGCAAGUGGUAAUCGGAGAUGAAAGGAAGGAAAAAAAACUAAAUCCUGUCGGUCAGCUUCUCUUUAUAUGAGUGUAGUCCUGAGCAAGAGCCAACAGAGGCCAUUUGAUAUAUAAAAUUGUGAUAUUUUUGUAUUGAGUGUCGGUCCCUUUUCCAUUUGUCGAGGUUUCAGCAGGGCAAAUCUUUGUACAUUUUUUUUAUUUUGUUUUGUUUGACAUGAUUCUUUCCUGGUUUGAAUUGUUUGCCUUGCUCCUCUUUGGUAAUGUUGGACAUAAAUGUGUGAAUAAGUGGUGGUAAGUGUUGCUUUCUGAAUGUCAAUACAUUGUAGGUGAAGGACUAAAUCAGCCACAAACUCCUUUAUGAGAGAGAGAGAGAGAGAGAGAGAGAAAUUAAAUGUGAUGCCAAUGAUCAGUUACAUUGCACACAAGAUUUCAAACAAUCAUGUUGCCAACAUUUUAUUUCUUUACUUGAAGUUGCUAAAGGGGGGGGGAGACAUAGAGGGGCCGGGGGUGUAACUGUUUUAUGUCUUGUUAUAUCCUGGAAAACACUGUGAGUUGGGACUCUUUUGAUCCCAUGUGAGAUUCAAAGCAAGCAUAAGUAGCUCAGUGUCAAAGGCAGAAAUAAUAUUGUUUUUGUAUGAGUGGCAAAUGUCAGCACAUAUUAAGCAGAUAUUAAAAAAAGAGUUUGUAAUAUGGGGCAACAAUAAGAGAUAUAAAGCCACAUACUAGUGUCUGUUUUCUCUACUUUUGUUUUACUUUCCUUUGUGUGUGUGCAUAAAGGUAUGAAUGUCGGUGUGUGGGUUUCAGAGAGCGUAUAUUGGUGACAAAUGCACUAAUAUCAGAUAGUAAUGUUCUAUGCCACUUUUCUCUAUAUAUGGUUAAAAGAUUUUGGCAUUGAUAUAGUUCUUCCCUCAAUGUUAUUCUGAUGUUUCUGUAAUAUUUGUGCCUAAAUGAAUUGUUCAAGGAAUUGUCCAUCUAUAUCUGCUUAGUUUCUGUAUUUUCAAAAGAAAAUAACUGGUGUCUCUAGGGCUCCAGGGAUGCCACAAUGAACAGAUCCUGCCUGUCUCCCCAGGAGGAGGCUAAAUCCCUAUUAACAAUGUCCAAUUAAAAGAGCUAUUUUGGAUCAUUUUAUGGUCUGCUUUUUUCAUUAAUGACUAAAUAUUAAAUUCUGUAUUGUUGCAGUGUUUUGUAUACAAUUUGAAAGGAAUUUUAAGAUGAACAUUCCUUGCUUUGAAAUAUGUGCAUUUGUCUCGAUGAUUAUCUAACAGUGUAGGCAUUUCUGUUCUGAGAGUCACAUUUGGGCACUGUUUCUUCAGUUGUUUGAAUGUCAGCAACAGGUUUGCUGAUUAAAGCUAAUGAUGAUGCCUUUUCACGUUGACUCUGAUGUUUUACUGAGAUUUUCUGCCCCAGCAUAACGUUCUUGCUUUCUUUCUUUUUAAGAGUACUUACAUUGUCGGUGCAUGUAAAGAGACAGUAAAGUCAGUCAUCCUGGCAUCCCUGGAGUUGGCUCACUGUGUUGGCGUGUGGUGUUUUAGAAAGAGUAGCCAUUUCAUGCCGUGUUGCCAUGCAUGUGCCACUUACGUCUAGACUAAACUGUCUGAGUAACAAAGUUCUGAGACAUUGUCUUUUUUUUUUUUUUUUUUUUUUAAAUUAGCACUGAGGACCAAUUGCCCUGUCGGACCAAGCCUAACAAAGCUUUUUUUAUGUAACAAAGCAUCUCUCUCUCUCUCCUCUCCCUCUGUCUUUGCUCUCUCUCCCGAUCUCAUUCUUUCUCUCUGGCUCUCUCUAUCCCCCCCACCUCGCACUCCCUUUACUGUAAACCCCCCCUCCCCUUUUUGGGCUUAUGUGUUUUUCUUCCUUGUCGUGACAGCACAAGUGCCAGUCGUUGCUCUGUACUAAAAAAUAGUGUUUUUAUAAUUAUUUGAAUUGUUAUAGUUACGUCUACCUCAGCACCUAAUCUUAGCCUAAUCUUAGAAGGUGCCCAAUUUUGUUUUUGUCUUUUUUUCUGUUUGUCGUCAAUUGUAAAAAUUUUAAUUUGCAUUAAGCUUUGCGAAGGUCCUUUUGUCUUUUCCAGCAACAUUUUUGUAGCACUAUUUUCUGCCAAUUGUGCUACAGAUAUCGGCAUCAGUUUCUGAUGUGGUUUUUCUUUCUGUGUAGGAUCCGACACAUCUCUUUGUAACAUUUCAGUGUUCUCUGAUGGAGUGUGGAAAAAAUAAAGAAAUUAAAGAGAUUUAAUGCUGCAGGUUUCUUCUCAAUGUUGUUACUGAGUAAAUUGUGUGCCUUUAAUAGUGAGAGAUUUUUUUACAUCCUACUAACAGUAGAUUGUUUUGUAGUGUGGGUUUUUUGGGUUUUUUUUUGUUUUUUUUUUGUAUUUUUAUUUAUGAGUUUCAUCAAAUAACAAUGUUCAGUUGUACUCCUUAAAUCUGCAGUUAGAAAAAAAAUAAAAAGUGGACUUAA